AUGCCUCAGGAGGACCGAAAGAUCCUGUGCCAUGAUGAGGAUGUCGUCCAAGUAGACUAUAAGCUGAACUCCUCGACUGCGCAAACAAACCAUGGCUGGGCUCAUCAAUUUUGUGAAGCACCAAGGAGCCGACAAGAGUCCAAAGGGAAGGCAUGUGAAGCGCCAGGUGUCGCCUUUCCAGAGGAAGCAUAA